UGCUGUCCGUAUUGUUUCGCUGAUGUGGGCAGCGCACUCCCGUCCGUGGAGAAAGGGCGGCGGUGGUUUGAAGCCGAGAACGAGGGAGAUGUGAAGGACUGCGCCGGUGUGAGGACGUGUCUUUGCGGUCACUGUGGAGAAGCUCGUCUCGGUGCGUCUCAGCAGCCGCCUACUAGCCUACUUCCCACCUUCGCCGCCGCUGCCGGGGUCGCCAUGGCAACCAGCGCCGUGCCAAGUGACAACCUGCCAACGUACAAGCUGGUGGUGGUGGGGGAUGGUGGCGUUGGGAAGAGCGCCCUCACCAUCCAGUUUUUCCAGAAGAUCUUUGUGCCAGACUACGAUCCCACUAUCGAGGAUUCAUAUCUCAAACACACUGAAAUCGAUGGACAGUGGGCCAUACUGGAUGUGCUGGACACAGCCGGCCAAGAGGAGUUCAGCGCCAUGAGGGAGCAGUACAUGAGGACCGGAGACGGCUUCCUCAUCGUCUUCUCCGUCACGGACAAGGCCAGCUUCGAACACGUGGACCGCUUCCAUCAGCUCAUACUACGGGUCAAAGACAGAGAGGCCUUCCCCAUGGUGCUGGUUGCCAACAAAGUGGACUUGGUCCAUCUGAGAAAAGUCACAACAGACCAGGGCCAAGAGAUGGCUGCAAAACAUAACAUAACUUAUAUUGAAACCAGUGCCAAGGAUCCGCCGAUGAACGUGGACAAAGCCUUUCACGAGCUGGUCCGUGUUAUAAGGCAGCAAGUUCCAGAACGAAACCAGAAGAAGAAAAAGAAGAUGAAGUGGAGAGCAGAGCGGUCGACGGGCUCCCACAGGUUCCACUGCGCCAUAUUGUGACCUCCCUCGUCAUGUAGACCAUUCAACACGUGCACACACACACACCUACACGCACAUCAACACACCUUUGGAUGUCAGGGAACUCCCCAGCAGCGGUUAACUACUGGAGCACAAAAGGGACGAGGGUGAGUUUGGCCCAAUGAAUCCAGAGGGACGGAGGCCGGAUCGUAUCAAUCGGACUAUUCGGCCCCUCAGACCUUUUGAAUUGCCUUGGAAUCCCUCCUUCAAAGGUCGUUUGAGCCCCUCCCCCACUCCAGUCUGUAUCCAGCUCCUGAACUGUUUUUCUCAAUCAAGUGUAAUUUUUGAUGUUGGUAUCAAAUGCGGCACAAGAAGACAAACAGAGAUGAGAGAAUUACCUCCACAUGUGAACCUGCCCUCCGGAGAAGAGGGGGAAAACAAAGGAAAGGGAGCGCGUCAUGCUUCAUGGACUCCACCACACUCCUGUGCUUUGAGGAAAGGAAGACAAGCGGCAGGUUGAGUCUCUGCGGAAGGAGAGCGGUGACAGACGAUGCUGUGCGAUGUUGUGAACGAGCGGGCUGAGGGCUGCAUGCGCGCCUCGCGGCCGCGCCAGACAGGGAAGGGCAUGUCGUAGCGAGCAAAAGUAACGUGACAAAAAAGAAAAAAGUUGUAUGGUAUGGACGGACGGGUGGAUGUGACGGCCAUAUCAGCUUGUUGAAGUGCUGAAACAGUGUUAUCGUAUGAAGGCGAGGGGCUCCACUUUAAUGUAAGUCUAACAGGGUUUCCACCAACACCCAUCUGUUUACAGAAACACAAAUUAUUUUCUCACAGACGGUAAGAAAGAGCCACUGCCUCUCUUUUAAAGAAAUCGUUACUGUUGGUCGGGUCGCCUCUUCAGUCAUCGUCUGUGACGUAUCGAGUGCAGCCAUUUACCAGUACUGUAAGAACAGUCGCCCUAAUAUAUAUUUUUCCCUUCUUAUCGAAUUAAUAAUACUCUUUAAAGUUGCUUUUAGUGGGGUUAUUUUGUAUCUGAAAAUAUAGAGUAAAAGUUAUAUUUGUGAUUUAAAAAAAAUAUGUAAUUAUAAUCAGCAGUGUAAACACACGCAGUGCUGUUUUUAAGAUGUGUAGGAACUUCUGAGUGAAAGCGAAUAGGUUAAAGGGAUCACGAGAGCUCCGCGUUCCGGAGCCCAGACUGGCUGGAGAAGCUGAUUUGCACUGGCCACUAACCAAAAUAAUGUGAUGUCACUUUAUGUCAUUCGAGGGGCUUUUUAGCACUGAAUUCAGGACAAUGGAGGAAAACGAUUCAGUGGAGGACAGAGGAGAAAUACUGUAGCCCCGGGAUGAGCUCCAGGGGGCUCAAAGCCAUGCUAACCUAGCUACAGAACAGGCUGAAUCACACACACACACACUCCAAGCAGCCACACACUCGUAUGUCGUCGUGAGGUUGGUGGUAGGAAUGUACAAUUUUAAUAACCUACGAAAUGGCUCGUACUGUUAACGCACUAAAGUUUCGGUGGACAACUCUCUUGUCUGGGUGAAUGCCGACUCUUGAAGGAAUACAUUUUUUUUGCACUUUUAAUACGACUUUCCUAUUGGCAUGUUGUUUCUCGUCAAACCUUAAAGGCACGGUUGAAAAAUGAAAAAAAAAAAGAAAAGAGAAAAAAAAAAGAUCUGAAUGUAAAAUGACAAAUUAAGCAAACGGCUGAUUGGUGUUGCAACCCUGUGUGCCUGCGUAUGCUUUGGCGAAAAUCAAAUAAAGUGGAAUUUCGAUUUUUGAAAUAAGAAGGUAACACAAUAAAAUACACCUCAGCAUGGAAGCAGAAAAUCAACCUCAGCAAAAAGAUGGAAGGCAGUAUUAAUCUCCUUUAAUCUACUGUUAAAGAGACUGGAUUUAGAGUUUCCACAGGAGGAUCUGAGACGUGGGAUUUCUCGUCACGGAGCAACAGACUCUCUGUCAUGAGGUGGAAAAAGAAGAAAAAAAAAUAUAUGAAUGUUUGACGAAAAUGUUGCAUCAUGUAUGUUUGAUACCAUUUUGUAUUAUUGAUAUGAAUUGAUAUGAUUCUUGCAAAGUGUUUUUUAAGCAACUGAAUAAUUUAUUACUGUCUAUGUUACCUCAGUGUGUCCCAGACCUGGACAAAAAAAAAAAGAAAAAAGAAAAAAAAAAAAAAAGACUCCCCAAUGUUUCUCUUUAUUUUUGGGGGGAAUUUCACAGGGCCGGAGGCGGCUUUUGCCUCAGUCCCAAAAUGUUACGGACCAAGACGAGGUCCUGAGCAUAAAAUAGGGACCUCUGCUUUACUGCAUCUCACAUGAACGGCCUCAUUAGUGUGAAUGUAAUCACACAGAGGCCAAAACUUGGAAAAAAAAAAAAACAUUUAUCUGAGGUGAGCACGGUGGUUUCUGGUCUUUUGGUUUCAUUGUUACUGUAUUGAUUGAAGGGGGAAUAUCUUCUAUCUUUCAUUAAAAAAAAAAAAAACGUAAAAAAAAGUGAAGAAUGUGUCUUGAAAUGUCAACAUUUUCACGCAACGAUCCAAAGCUCAUGUCUUAACCAGCUGUAGUCCGUUUGACCUCCUGGCUUCAGACUCAUACCUCCCGCCACAUUCGUCAGAAUAACCUCCUUCAGGUCAAAUCUGAUUCCACAUCUCCGCCGAUCUGAUCCCCGGACCACACGUGAGCUAAACGGAGCACUUUGACUCGGAGAGGUAGCAUUUCUUCCCCCCUCCUUUUACUUGUAUUUGGAGUUCUGUAAAUGAUUUGUGAACAUUCUGAGACUUGGUCAGUACGUGAAGGGCUGUGUAAACUUUUUAAGUUUGGAUUAUAAAAACAAACAAACAAAAAGAAAUGACAAAAAAAAAAAAAAACAAAACAAAGAAAAAAAAAACAAAGUGAGUUUCACAACGAUUG